CUGUCACCUGCGCCUAAGCUCGGAUCGUCCCCUGCAGGGGGUCGCGGAAGCUAAAAAAACAAAAUGAAGCUGUUGGAGAAUUCAAGCUUCGAGGCCAUAAACACGCAGCUGACCAUAGAGACCGGAGACUGCCAGAUAAUAGGGCGGAUCGAAAGCUACUCCUGCAAAAUGGCAGGCGAAGACAAGCAGAUGUUCAAGCAGUUCUGUCAGGAGGGGCUCCCACAUGUGCUCGAAGCUCUGUCCCCUCCCCAGACCACAGGGAUCAGUCCCAAUAAGCUGAGCCAAAGCCAAAGCGGCGACGAGGCAGAGGGGCCUCUCUCCGACAAGUGCAGCCGCAAGACGCUCUUCUACCUGAUCGCCACCCUCAACGCCUCCUUCCGUCCCGACUAUGACUUCAGCCGCACGAAAAGCCAUGAUUUCAGCAAGGAACCCAGUGUUAACUGGGUGCUCAAUGCCGUGAACAGCAGCCUGUCUUCAGCUGCAGGGGGUGAAUUCAGUCGUCUUCAGCCCCAACUCUGGCAGGCAGUCGAUGAUGAGAUCUGCCUCUCGGAAUGCGACAUCUACAGCUACAGGCCCGACCUGGAUUCAGACCCAUACGGGGAGGAGGGAAACCUCUGGUCAUUCAACUAUUUCUUUUACAACAAGAGGCUCAAGCGGAUCGUCUUUUUUACAUGCCGUUCUGUCAGUGUGUUCAUGACUCCAGUGGACUCUGAAACUGGGAAUGACCUGGAUCUGGAUCUAGAGGAGGGGAGCUUUGAGGAAGAGGAGAACAUUGAUGAGGACAGGUGUGACACGUUGUGCACCUGAUGAAUCCAGGGCUGAACAUUCCGGAAUCUUCUUCUCUGUAGCUACUCUCCAGUACGCCUGCAGUUGAGACACCAGCAUUUUUGAUAAAGCAUUUAACUCAACAUGCAUUUUGCCUGAAGUUGGUGUGUUAAUUUUUCAGCUUUUGAGAUUGGAAAUCCGACUGCAUGCUAGAGUGUGAGGCAGUACCAUAGUAAUUAAGCUGAUUGUUCCAGCAAUUCUUUAUUUCAUAGCUUUUUUCUUGCACAAGCUUGCACUACUCUGCCUUGUCCUUAGGCAUUCAUUUUAUUUAUAUUGAGGAUAUAUCUUUACUUUUAUAUGAAAUGUUUUUAUAUUAAACGUUUUUACUUGCAAGUCAGAGAAUAAUAUUCCUUCUGUGUAUAAUAUCACCAUAAAAUCCUACAGAAAUGUAUGCUGAGAUGAGAAUGGACUUUGAAACUGUAUAAGAAUUUUACUUUGUGUGUGUGUGUGUGUGUGUGUGUACAUAUAAUGUAUAUUGGCUAUAUGGUUAGGAGAGAAUUAAAAAAAACAAACAUUAUUUUUAUUGGGUGUUGCUGGUGGCUUUGUUGCAGUGUAUGCAGUAACAUGUUCAUGUUCAAAGAAUUGUUUCUCUGCCAAACCUGCUUCAUCAUUCCAGUCUCGGUAGCCCUUGUAUAGUGUGAGGCCCUUUCUGAGCCUUGUCAUUGAUACUUAAGAAUCAGGACAUCGACAAAGUUAGUGAAAUUCUCUUUAAAGUUCUGUUUUUGGACACUAGAUGUCACCAGUUCAUCAUUUCAUCAUAGUCUCUACAUAUAGACAUAUUAUCACUGUCCACUUUAUAUACUUCUCUAUGUAUGUAUUGAGGUUUUAUUAUAAGAUUUUUCACAUUCUGUCUUGAAGCUGAAUGUUGAAGGUGUUUUCCAGCUGUAUUAGUGAUUAAACUUUCACGUUAAAAGAAACCACUGGUUUGAAGUUGGUAAGCAUCCAUACUAUAUGGCUUUUGCGUUUUGCGGUGUGCUGGGAUGGUUCUGGCGAAUUUUAUAGAGUCCUGAGGCCAUAACUGUAAGAAUCAUAACUUAAAAAAGUGUAAUGAGGUCUUGAGACCUGAAUUUAGUUGUUUUCACCAGAUUGUGGUGAUGAAUAAUUUCUUUAAACAAGCGACCACACCUGUGAUCAGUGAGUAGUCAGUUGCUGGCUUGUAAUGUAGUAUUGGGUUAAUUCUUUUGUCUUGGCUUUUAAUUUAACCAAAGCUGGGCUUGAAUUUUACAUUUUUUGCUUGUGUUUUGACAUGUGAGUAAUCUAAGGUGUUGCAGAAAUUCCAUUUCUUCAGUGGGCAGUAUUGGGCAGAUUACCUGUUUUUGUGUGGGGUUUUAUUUUGUUAGCGUACUGUUGGCCAUGAUAGUUAUUUAACACAAUAUAGUCUUUGUAAAUUCCAAAUGAAUCAGAGUAACUCUGGCAUGAUGCCCUUCAUGCCGAGGUUUAUUUUCUGUGUUUUUUUGUUAAUAACCCAUUAUGCUAGGUGUACAAUUGUAGUUUUCCUAAAUAAACCUAGUUAAACUAAAGUAUAAUGGAUGUAACGAAGUGGGCUUCAUACUGAAUGAACAGAAUUAGCUGUAGGGUAUGUUCUUAAGAAGUAUGUAUCUCAUUUCAUUUGUAAUAGGGUUAAGAACAUGAAUAGCAUGACUUUUUGUACUAGGGGAUUGUAAUGUCUUUGUUUUGCAGUCUAAUAAUAGUACUAUCAAGGUAUUGUAAUAGUUUCAUAAGGCUUUCAUUAGAAUUGCAGUGUGAGAAGGCAGCUACUGUUAUUUGCUGAACUUGUGAACUAUGAUUGUGUUUAUAGCUUGGUUGUGUUUUCAUGAAAUGGGGCCCCCAGAUAAUGUUUGUUUAAUUCUGAGUGACUUCUAUACAGGAUCUUAAAUUCUAUAUUUCACUUUAACUCUGUACAUUUGACCUCAGAAACAUAUGAGUUCAAGUAGAAUUCACAGUGAAUAAAUAUAGUUAGAAAUGGGUACCAAAUGCAAUGGGACAAAUGACAAACUUGUAACCUUUCACUUAACAGUUGUGAAAAAAAUAACCUCCAAAUGUGUUAUAUAUAUUUUUUUUUUACAGUUUUUGUUGUCUUACAUAUACAUACAUUUCUCUUUAUUUCUGUAUGUAUAUAAGUAUAAAGUACAUUUGAGUUUCUCAAAGCUAUUAUGCUUUUACUGGAUGUCUGAUCCAAUAAACAUUCCUCCUAAACA